CUUAGCUUGAGUUUUACUUAUUUCAUUGAAAAUUAAGUAAAGUGAAACCUUUAAAAUUCAUACAAUAAUAGAUUGUUUACAUAUUACAUCAGUUACUUUACAGUGACAGUGAAAGACAUUAUGUGAAGAUAUAAGACAUUUAUUUUGUGUUACUUUAAAGUUGUUUCGAUUUAUUUAUACAUAUAGGUUAUAAUAAUUAUAAACUAAAUAGAAAAUAUGGAUGUUGUAGAAGAGUCUGUAGGUCAGAGUGUUUUAAGCGAAGAAAUGUUAAUUAAUGUGAACGAUGGGACGCAUUGUAUAUCCAGCGCGGCAGACGAGAUUCCUACGCAGAACGGUGUCGCCGAAACUGGUGCCAUGGCCAACUCUGAUUUAGUGGCAAUGGCCGAGACCACCGUCCAGGAUCAGGAUCAAAUCCAGGUUGACAGCACGACUGAUCAUAUGCAUGAGCCAGCAGAUACUAAUAAAAUUAGUGGAGCAAUCUCUACAGAAACUGUUGUUUCUACUGAGCCUAGUGCUGAAGCAGUGCCAUUAACUACUGAAGGCGACAAUCAACUAACUACUGAAAACCAAGCAGACUUGAUUGCUAUUAUGCCAGAUUUGGCUUCUAAAAUACCUGAAGAAAUAUCAGAGUUACUUGUUGGGCAAUCUGAAGAGAUUAUUGAAGAAGUUAUUCCGCAAGCAGAGGGUUCAACAGCGGAAAUGAAUGUAGAGUCUAGUGACCAAGUGACUUUUAAAACUGAAAUUUUGGUUGAGAGAAAUGAAAAUGAUGCUAAUGAGAUUGAUAAUAAAAAUGCAGGUCAAACUGAUGAGCUUGAUGCCUCCAAGAGCAUGCUCAGUGCAUUGAGUGAUGUGCUACACUCGGACAACAUGGAGAAUAAUAAUGGUUCAGUGAGAGAAGAAGUUUUAAACAAAGAAGAACUAUUAAGCAUUUUGGAAGGCAGUGUGGAACAAACAAAUGAACAGUAUAGUAAGAUUAUUCCAGACGAUCAUAAAAAAGUAAAAACCAUGGAAGCUCAGUUGGCUUUACAGCAGUUAACUAGAUUGAAAACUAAAAGAAAUGCAAGAACACCAAGUAGAAAAAAAUAUGAGAAAAGGCUUUCACAAAAUAGUGGUGAAGCAAAAUCAAAUAAAGGAGAAACAUUAGCAGAUGAAAAUGAGAUGAAUUCUGAGGCACCCAAACCUAAAAAAAUUACAAAGGUUUCAGGCACAUCUAAGUCUCCAAUUGUUACUGCUUCAGACAGCAAAAUAAUCAAGAAGGAAAAGAAAUCAUUAGAAGACAAACAACAAAGUAUUGGUACGGAUACAAAGACUAAAAAAAAUAGACAUACAGAUUCUGAAAUAACAAUGAAUGAUCCUAAAUCAGUAACUAAGACCAAAAGAAGCAGAAAACUUGUAGACACUGUUUUAAACUCAGAAAAUCCAAUUGAAACUAGGGUAAAGAAAGAUAACCAUAAUGCAUCUGCUAAUAAUAUGGGAGUUGAUGAAGAUGAUGACACAGAGACUGAUGCUAAUAAAUCAAGUAGUGUUAAAGAUAAGAUUGUGAAUGACCUGGUAAGAGAUUGGGAAGAUGAUGAACCAACAAAAGAUGAUGCUGAUGAAAAACUGUUGGAGGAAAGUCAGGGCCUUAUCAAGUCUGCUGAAGUACUUACAACAACAAUUGAAACUGUUGCUGAGUCAGACCGCAUUGAUGGAUCAUCUAUUGAUUCAUCUACCAGUGAUGGAACCGCAACUAAUAAGACUGCAGAUGAUGGUCAGCCACAGCGCAGACUUGGUAGAGUUAUUAAGAAGAAAGUCAUAUUUGACCCUGAUAAUCCUGACACAUUUACUAAGGGUAAGGUUCCUGCCAAGCCCAAAGAGGCAUCUUCUGAUAAGGAGCAGCCAUCUCCUAAAAAAAUUAAGACUGAAAUACAGCAAAGGCCAAAAUCAAAGUCACCAACAGGAAAAAUGCACUGGAAAAAACCACCACCAAAAGCCAGUAAAACAAAUAAAAGACUUUCUGAAGUUGACAAGUUAUUAAUGGAUGAGGGUGCUGUAAAUAUGAUAUACCAGCUUACACCUGAAGCUCCAAAAGGCAAAAAGAAUAUGAGAACCAAAGCAGAAUUUAUCAAGAAAAUCCAGAGUUCAACUCCAGAUGGCAAAGAAAUGAAAUUUAGGGAAAGGAAGAAGGAGUGUAUCAAAGAGGAAGCGGAAGCUAAGAAGAUUGCAGGUGGAAAGCAAAGGGGGUCUCUUAGUAGUUCAAUUAAGUCAACAGGUGAGGAUUUUGAGACUCACAGUGCUGAUGAUUCAAUUAUCUAUCGUCGUCAUUCUUCAAGCUCCUAUUCUAGUAACUGUAUGAGCCCACUCAGGAUUACUGACCAAGAUUCCAGUGCAAUACAAGACUCCUCGCGUUUCUCCAGGCAAAUGUCCGAUAGCCGGAACCUCUCAAAUGCUGAUGAAGAAUCAAUUGAGCAAAAAUCUGAAUUAUUCAUGUCUGAUUCGAAUGUAGCAUCACCUAGUGAAGUAAUCAACAAAACUGACUGUUUGUCUAUUAAACAAAAGCUGAACUCCAAACUCCAAAAUGUUUUGAACAAAAGAAAACGUGAGAACACAAAGACAGAUAAGCCUGCAAAACAGAAGAGAGUGGCUCCUAAAUAUGAUGAAAAUGCUGUCAAGAAUGAGGAGCAACAACAACUGUCCAAGCUAAAGAAUUUGACUGUGAAAUUUGAAAAUAACUUAGCAGAAAUUUAUGUAAAACGGAAAGAAGGCCGAUAUACUGUUGAGACUCUGAAAGAUCUUGAACUGGCGUUAGCAUACGUUAACAAUAAGGAGGACAUCGCCGUGACCCUGCUGUCCUCAGAAUGUGGAACACUAUGCUCAUCUAUUGAUUUAAGUCCCCUGCUCAAUCAGGAUGAUGAGGUCAAAACUACCAAUGCUGUCAUAUUUGCAGAAACUAUAAGAACCCUGCUAAGCACGGUGGAGCAGCACAACAAGCUCUUGUGCCUGGGCGUGAGCGGCGCUUGCUCCGGCGUGGGGCUGGCUCUGGCGGCGCUGGCCGACGUGGCGGUGGCGGGCGAGCGCGCCAGCUUCGCCGUCGGGAGCCUGCUGCUGGGCUCUGCGGCGUUUACCGCGCACGGCCGCCUGCAGAAACACACGGUCGACAAUUUGGUUGUGUUCGGGCGGCGCCUGUCGGCCGAGGAGGCGCUGGCGGGCGGGCUGGUGAGCCGCGUGGUGUGGCCCGACCGCUUCCCCGACACGCUGCGCAGCAUAGCCACUCACAUCGCCACUCAGCCCAGCAGGACUAUCAUGGUGAAGAAGCAACUUCUGACUCUAAACAGAAGUAACAAAACAUUCCAAUCGAGUUUGGAGAUGGAACGCGACCUUCUCGUCGACUAUUGGACGUCCGAAGAAGGCACGGAGGCGAUCCGAGCAAGCCUGGACGCAGCCUAACAGACAGCCAUGCUACGGAGACUAUACAAAGUAUACACCUUGGCAAAAAAGAGUAGAAAUCAAAAAGAGGCAACAUUGUAGUGUCGUCCCGAUUUCUUACAUGUACCGAUUUGAAUGGGUCUACUCUACAGUGUUGCCAUUUUUUCAUGUCCAUUGAUUUUUGUCAGACUGUACGUGAAAUUAAAAUAAGAACUCUUAUUAGUAUUUAAUCAUAACCCCUAGUUAAUAUAAAUAAAUUGUGACACUUUGAAUUCUUUGUCGACUAUAUGUGUUUGAAAAAUAUAUGUACAUCUAUGUUUAAGUGAAAUAUGUUGAAUAUUAUUGGUACUGAGGUUGUUUUCAAUCUACUGCAAUUUAUAUAAAUACACAUUUGAUUCAAAGGAAUUAAUUACGUUGUAAUUAAUUCCUUUGUAAGUGUUGUUUUUCUUACUUGGUGUAUGGGAUAUUUUGCUGACUGGUUCUCAUCUUUAACAUUUAUUUCUAUUCCUUUCACACUUGAUACACAUUCUGUUUGAGUGUCCCAAAAAUUAUAUGGCAAUAAAUUCCUUGCGAUAAUCAUGUUUGCAAUACAAACAAUAAGAGUUGAGCUCUUCAAUUUGUGUUAAGUAUAAUAAUUUUAAUAAUUGAAUAAUAAUCCUGAUUUAUGAAUAUGAUAUGUUGUGGGCAUGUUCCACUUACAAAUAUUUUGAAUAUUAUUACAAUAUGUGUAUGUCAGUGCAAAGAUAAAUUAGGUUCACUACCUUGCCUAGGGUAAUCUUAUAUUCUGGAGAAAGCUGCUUCAUUAACUUUAGCUCAAAUUGUAUUCCAAGGUUUUAAAAUAAUCGGAUUUAUAUAUAAUGGAGCAGUUUUUGACAGACUAGUUAUUAGAUUUUAGUUACAUUAUGUUAUGUUAAAGAUGAAAUUGUUUAUGUAGUUGUUUAGCUAUUUUAGUUUAUAUUUAACCGCAAUUAAAUUUUUGCGCGAUUUUUUUUUUCAAAAAUUAUAUUGUGUUCCUCUCUUCCUUUUAUUUGGAGUGAUGUGCGGAAAACCAGGGUGAGGUAUACACAAGAUGUAAUGAAUUAAAUUGUUGUUAUUAAUACACUGUCAUAAUAAGUGAGUGGGUAUUUAUUUUGAGAAAAUAAUAGUUUCACCCAGCCAAAGUUGGAGGUAAAAAGGUAGUGUAUUUAUAACAGGAGUACCUACCAUAUUUUAAAAUCAAUUCAUUGGGAUUUCUAACUUCCCAUGUUUCCAAUUCAAAUGGAACGUUAAUUCUUAGGCUUACUAAGGGCCGGUUGCAUCAAACCGUCUGUCACUGUUAAAGCGUUCGUUAAAUUUUAUCGUAUGGGAAGUUCCAUAGUAGUCUGUUGCGAGACGAUGAUGUGUCUGUCAAAUGUGGUUGAUGCAACUGGCCCUUAAAAUUAUAAUUCAUUUGUUGAAUUGGGAGUUAUUUUAAUUGGCCUUAUGUAAAUCCUAAAACCACCCUAUUUUUGGCGCCUGUGGAUAGAGCAUAGCAACAAUUAUGAAAAUAUAUUCCGCACAUUUUGGCUAAGACCUGAUUUAUGGUGCCAGACUAACGAAUAGAACGCCUUAAAAUAGACAAAAAAGAAUGUAAUUAUUUAAUAAGUAACUAGUGGCAUUCCUUUGUUUGAUAAUUAUUAUAAUCAGCAUUUUAUGAUGUCAAACACAAACGAUUGUCUUGCCUAAAUAGUAGGUACCCAUACGGUGAAUGCCGAAAAUUAUCACAGCCUUCCUUUUUUUAAUUACCUUAUUGUCUUACUUUUAUAAUUUAUAUAAAUAAAGUGCCUUUCUUAAAAUAUCAUUAUUUAACACUAUACUUAGAUUAAGGUAUGAACUACAUCUAAGAGAGCUGCACAUUCAGGCUUUCCCCGUAUAGACUUUGUUAGCCAGUAUGUAUACAAUAUCCAAAGUGGGCCAAAAAAAGGCACCAAAAUAUUAUUCAAUUGCAAAUUCCUUUGCAAAGUUAGGUAUAAAUUAUACACAAAUUGUUUUUAUUACAAUUUUCAUUUUAAUAUCUUUAUGUUGCAUCAAAAUUGAUGACAAUACCUUCUUAAAAUAAUGCCCGA